UUCUUUCUGCCUUUUAAUUUGUGUUUCUUCUAUUUGGUUCCUAGUCACAAUUUUAUUCACCUCUCAUCCCUUUCCACGUUCCUCUAUUUUUCUAGGGUGACAUUAGGUCCACACUUUUUUUUAAUUUUUAGGUGACAUUUGGUCCCAAUUUCGUUUUAAAUUUAUUUUUAUAUUCCUUUUUACAUUUUUAAAAACAUUUUAAAAAUUUUUAAAGGAGUAAUCCAUUUAUGGUUGUUGUUCCGAAAAAUAAAGAAAAGAAGAAGAAGCCCCCUAAUGAAGCAAAAAAUCUUCUUCUUCAAAAUUCUUCAGACCCAAUAAAUGUUUAUAUACUUUCAUUUGAUUCGCUUUCACAAAUGUCUUUUAGACGUAAUUUGCCUAAAACUGUAAAAUUUUUGGAAGAAAAUGAUUUUGCUGUUUUUAAUGGUUAUAAUAUUGUUGGUGAUGGAACACCUCAAGCAUUUAUUCCAAUUUUGACUGGUUUUACAGAGGAGGAAUUGCCACUCACUCGUAAGCGUUAUUCAUCUGCUCGUUACGUCGAUGAAGUUUAUCCUUUUGUUUGGAAUAAUUUUUCAGAUGCUGGGUAUGCUACAAUGUAUGGGGAGGAUGGGCAUUCUUUUGGCACCUUCACUUAUCGUCUAAAAGGUUUUCGUAAUGCUCCAACACAUCAUUAUCCAAUCACUUUUUUUCAUUAUGCCGAAACUUUAGAUAAUUCUAGAGUUUGUAUUGGGGCAGAAAAACAGCACAAGGUCUGGUUUCGUUAUAUUGAAUCAUUUUGGAAUGAAUAUUCAAAAUUACAAAUUCCCCGUUUUUUAUUAAUGCACCAUUCUUAUUUGUCUCACGACGAUAUAAAUAAAGUCCAACAAGCUGAUGAUGAUUUGUUUGUUCAUUUACAAAAAAUGAAAAAAAUGGGAGCUUUUGAUAAUUCUUUGUUUAUUGUGAUGGCAGAUCAUGGAAAUAGAUUUGCAAAAUUGAGAGAAACACAUCAAGGUCAACUAGAAGAAAGACUUCCAUUUUUCUCUGUACAUUUUCCUCAAAAAUAUAAACAAGUUUGGUCAAAUAUAAAAAUAAAUUCUGUCGAUAGACUUGUAACACCCUUUGAUUUUCAUGCAACAUUAAUGGAUAUUUUUAGAUGGCCAAAACUUGGAAAUGAUUAUUUUUCAAAUAAAUUGGUAACUUCAACCUCUAAAGAUUUACAAUUUCCUAUGAACCGGGCAAUUUCUUUUUUGCGUGAAAUUCCGCUGGAAAGGACUUGUGAACAAGCAGGAAUAGAAAUACAUUGGUGUACCUGCCUUAAUUGGAUUAUUAUUAAUAAUGUUAAUGAAGUUAUACCUUUGGCAAAUUCCGUAAUUGAUAAAAUAAAUAAAUAUACAGAAUCAGAACGUUCUCUAUGUUCAAAAUUGGAAUUAGAAAAUGUGGAGAGUGCAAAAAAAUUAGUUCCAAACGAUCAACUUUUAAAAUAUAAUGGUGUUGUAGAUUUUGAUGGUUUUAAGCCUCAAUUAAAAGGAAAUGUUAAAACAAAAUUUGCUACAUAUCAAAUAGUUUUUAUUACUACACCGGGUGAAGCUAAAUAUGAGGUAACCCUUUUUUAUGAUGGUAAUCAAAUUAAAGUCGAUUUAUCUGCUAUAAGCCAUAUUAAUAAAUACGGGGAUACUCCACAUUGUAUUAUUGAAAAAAAUUAUUUUAUGGCAACUUGGUGUGUUUGUUAUGAUAGAAUCUAGAAUUUUUAAUUUUUUUUACAUUUUUUUAUUUUGGCCAUUUUUGCAUCUUUUUUAUAUUUUUUUAUUUGCAUUUGGAAAUAUUUCUCUUGCCACUUUUAUAUUUUUUCAAAAAAUAGC